UAUGUUUUGGACUAUUUUACUUAGCGGAAGCGUAGAGUUUUGGUUCAGGAGUGUUGUUUGGGUGCUACUGAACGAGAGCAGGCAGUGAAUUCAGGUGAUAUCAACGCAAGCCGGCGAGACCCCUAUCAUUGCACAUCGCAUUUUACUUUUGGGGCGUUUUGGGGACUUCCAAUACAAUACAACAUUCAUUCCUCUUCGUGUCCCCUUCCCCUUUCCUUUUCUCCGGACAAUUGAAACAUAGAACGCCUCAAGAAUGGCCCAGAUACUGCCGAUACGAUUUCAGGAACAUCUGCAGCUGCAGAACCUGGGGGUGAACCCGGCUAACAUUGGUUUCAGCUACCUGACCAUGGAGUCUGACAAGUUCAUCUGCAUCCGGGAGAAGGUGGGCGAGCAGAACCAGGUGGUGAUCAUAGACAUGGCUGACCCCAAUAACCCCAGCAGACGUCCUAUCUCUGCUGACAGUGCCAUCAUGAACCCUGCCAGCAAGGUCAUCGCCCUCAAAGCUGCUAAGUGCCUGCAGAUCUUCAACAUUGAGAUGAAGAGUAAGAUGAAGGCUCACACUAUGACCGAGGAAGUCAUGUUCUGGAAGUGGAUCUCUGUCAACACCGUCGCCUUGGUGACUGAAGUGGCCGUCUACCAUUGGAGCAUGGAGGGGGACUCGCAGCCCAUCAAAGUGUUUGAUCGGCAUGCUAGUCUGGCCGGAUGCCAGAUCAUAAACUACAGAACAGACGAACAACAGAAGUGGCUCCUCCUUAUAGGGAUCUCGGCACAGCAAAACCGUGUGGUGGGGGCCAUGCAGCUGUACUCUGUGGACAGGAAGGUGUCCCAGCCCAUCGAAGGCCAUGCUGCAGCCUUCGGAGAGUUUAAGGUGGAGGGCAACACCAAAGCCUCCACUCUGUUCUGCUUCGCUGUGCGCAGCCAGGCUGGGGGCAAGCUGCACAUCAUAGAGGUGGGUCAGCCGGCUACAGGGAACCAGCCGUUUACUAAGAAGGCUGUUGACGUGUUCUUCCCACCUGAGGCUCAGACAGACUUCCCCGUCGCCAUGCAGAUUGGCACCAAGCACGGUGUGAUCUACCUGAUCACGAAGUAUGGCUACAUCCACCUGUACGACCUGGAGUCAGGAGUGUGUAUCUACAUGAACCGCAUCAGCGCCGAGACCAUCUUCGUCACCGCCCCCCACGAACUCACCUCCGGCAUCAUCGGGGUUAACAAGAAGGGACAGGUGUUGUCAGUGUGUGUGGAGGAGGAAAACAUAGUGAACUAUGCCACCAACGUGCUGCAGAACCCAGACCUGGGCCUGAGGAUGGCUGUGCGUUCUAACCUGGCCGGGGCUGAGGAGCUGUUUGCCAGGAAGUUCAACACACUGUUCGCCCAGGGCUCCUACUCCGAGGCUGCCAAGGUGGCCGCAUCCACACCCAAGGGUAUCCUGCGCACAGCGGAGACCAUCCGUAAGUUCCAGAGCGUGCCAGCCCAGCCGGGCCAGGCCUCUCCUCUGCUUCAGUACUUUGGCAUCCUGCUGGACCAGGGCCAGCUCAACAAGUUUGAGUCUCUGGAGCUGUGCAGGCCUGUGCUACAGCAAGGACGCAAGCAGCUGCUGGAGAAGUGGCUGAAAGAGGACAAGCUGGAGUGUUGUGAGGAGCUUGGUGACCUGGUUAAGGCAGUAGAUCCUACGCUAGCCCUCAGUGUCUACCUCAGAGCCAACGUACCCAGCAAGGUGAUCCAGUGCUUUGCUGAGACCGGACAGUUCCAGAAGAUAGUGCUCUAUGCCAAAAAGGUGGGCUACUCUCCAGACUGGGUGUUUCUGUUGAGGAAUGUGAUGCGGGUCAGUCCAGAACAGGGUCUACAGUUCUCUCAGAUGCUGGUGGCAGAUGAGGAGCCCCUGGCCAACAUCAACCAGAUAGUGGAUGUGUUCAUGGAGGGAAGUCUGAUCCAGCAGUGUACCUCCUUCCUAUUGGACGCUCUGAAGAACAAUCAGCCAGCCGAGGGACACCUACAGACACGCCUACUGGAGAUGAACCUCAUCCACGCCCCCCAGGUAGCCGACGCGAUCCUUGGCAACCAGAUGUUUAGUCACUAUGACCGUGCCCACAUCGCCCAGCUGUGUGAGAAGGCUGGACUGCAACAGAGGGCUCUAGAGCACUACACUGACCUGUUCGACAUCAAACGGGCUGUCGUACACACACACCUGCUCAACCCUGAGUGGCUGGUGAACUUCUUUGGCGCCCUGUCAGUAGAGGACUCAGUAGAGUGUCUUCGGGCCAUGUUAUCAGCCAACAUCAGACAGAACCUUCAGCUGUGUGUCCAGGUGGCAUCUAAAUACCACGAGCAGCUGGGAACAAACACCCUGGUGGAGCUCUUUGAGUCCUUCAAGAGCUACGAGGGUCUGUUCUACUUCCUGGGCUCCAUAGUGAACUUCAGCCAGGACCCUGACGUCCAUUUUAAAUACAUCCAGGCGGCCUGUAAGACAGGGCAGAUCAAGGAAGUGGAGCGCAUCUGUAGAGAGAGCAACUGUUACGACCCGGACAGGGUCAAGAACUUCCUCAAGGAGGCUAAAUUGACAGACCAGCUGCCGUUGAUCAUAGUGUGUGACCGCUUUGACUUUGUCCAUGACCUGGUGCUCUAUCUCUACCGCAACACUCUGCAGAAGUACAUAGAGAUUUACGUUCAGAAGGUGAACCCCAGCCGUCUGCCUGUGGUGAUAGGAGGUCUGUUGGAUGUAGACUGUGCUGAAGACGUCAUUAAGAACCUGAUCAUGGUGGUGAGAGGACAGUUCUCCACUGAUGAGCUGGUGGCAGAGGUGGAGAAGAGGAACAGACUGAAGCUGUUGUUGUCGUGGCUUGAGUCUCGUAUCCACGAGGGCUGUGAAGAGCCGGCUACCCACAAUGCCUUGGCUAAGAUCUACAUUGACAGUAACAACACCCCGGAGCGCUUCUUGAAGGAGAACACCUUCUAUGACAGCGCUGUAGUGGGGAAGUAUUGUGAGAAGAGAGACCCCCACCUCGCCUGUGUCGCCUAUGAGAGGGGCCAGUGUGACCUGGACCUUAUCAAGGUGUGCAAUGAGAACUCCCUGUUCAAGAGUGAGGCUCGUUACCUGGUCCGACGGAAAGACCCAGAACUAUGGGCCAACGUUCUUGAGGAGAAUAACCCUUAUAGACGCCAACUCAUAGACCAGGUGGUGCAGACCGCUCUAUCAGAGACCCAGGACCCAGAGGAGGUGUCUGUGACGGUCAAGGCCUUCAUGACAGCUGACCUGCCCAAUGAGCUCAUUGAACUACUGGAGAAGAUUGUACUGGACAACUCAGUCUUCAGCGAGCACCGAAACCUCCAGAACCUGUUGAUCCUGACGGCCAUCAAGGCAGACCGGACACGUGUGAUGGAGUACGUCAACCGCCUGGACAACUACGAUGCCCCUGACAUUGCUAACAUUGCCAUCAGCAACGAGCUCUUCGAGGAGGCCUUCGCCAUCUUCAAGAAGUUUGACGUCAACACCUCCGCCAUUCAGGUCCUGAUCGAGCAAAUCAGUAACCUGGACAGAGCCUAUGAGUUUGCAGAGCGUUGUAAUGAGGCCGCGGUAUGGAGUCAACUGGCCAGAGCCCAGCUCCAGAGAGACCUGGUUAAAGAGGCCAUUGAUUCCUACAUCAAAGCCGACGACCCGUCAGCCUACAUGGAGGUGGUCAGCGCUGCCAGCAAGAACAAUAACUGGGAGGAUCUGGUGAAGUUCCUUCAGAUGGCUCGUAAGAAGGCCAGAGAGUCGUAUGUAGAGACAGAGCUCAUCUUUGCUCUGGCUAAAACUGUCAGACUGGCCGAACUAGAGGAAUUUGUCAGCGGCCCUAACAACGCCCAUAUACAACAGGUGGGAGAUAGGUGUUAUGAAGAAGGGAUGUACGAUGCUGCCAAGCUGCUGUACAAUAACGUGUCCAACUUUGCCCGCCUGGCAUCCACGCUGGUACACCUAGGAGAGUACCAAGCUGCUGUGGACAGCGCCAGGAAAGCCAACAGCACACGCACCUGGAAGGAGGUGUGUUGUGCGUGUGUGGAUGGGGAAGAGUUUCGAUUGGCUCAGAUCUGUGGUCUACACAUUGUUAUCCACGCUGAUGAACUGGAGGAGCUCAUCAGCUACUACCAGGACCGGGGUUACUAUGAGGAGCUGAUAGGCCUGUUGGAGGCCGCGUUGGGUUUGGAGCGCGCUCACAUGGGCAUGUUCACAGAGCUGGCCAUCCUCUACUCCAAAUUUAAACCCCAGAAGAUGAGAGAACACCUGGAACUCUUCUGGUCCCGCGUCAACAUCCCUAAGGUGCUGCGAGCGGCGGAGCAGUCCCAUCUGUGGGCGGAGUUAGUGUUUCUGUAUGAUAAAUACGAGGAAUAUGACAACGCUGUCCUCACGAUGAUGUCACACCCUACGGACGCUUGGAAGGAGGUGCAGUUCAAGGACAUCAUUGCCAAGGUGGCCAAUGUGGAGCUGUACUACAAAUCCCUUUCCUUUUACCUGGACAACAAACCUCUGCUGACGAAUGACCUUCUGACCAUACUGUCACCACGGUUAGACCACAGCCGCACGGUCAGCUACUUCACCAAGGUUAACCAGUUGAAGUUGGUAAAGCCUUACCUGAGGUCAGUCCAGAGUCAUAACAACAAGGGAGUCAACGAGGCCCUCAAUAACCUGCUGACAGAGGAGGAGGACUACCAGGGUCUGAGGGCGUCUAUCGAUGCAUAUGAUAACUUUGACACCAUUGGUUUGGCCCAGAGACUGGAGAAGCAUGAGCUGAUUGAGUUCAGACGCAUCGCAGCAUACCUCUACAAAGGCAACAACCGCUGGAGACAGAGCGUGGAACUCUGCAAGAAGGACAAAUUAUACAAGGAUGGAAUGCUGUACGCUGCUGAGUCUAAGGAUGCUGAGCUGGCUGAGACCCUGUUGCAGUGGUUCCUGGAGGAGGGCAGGAAGGAGUGUUUCGCUGCCUGUCUGUUUGCCUCCUACGACCUGUUGCACCCUGACGUGGUGCUGGAGCUGGCCUGGAGACACAACAUCAUGGACUUUGCCAUGCCAUACUUCAUCCAAGUCAUGAGGGAGUACCUCACCAAGGUUGAUGAGGUUGAGGAGAAGGUGACGGUGGAUAAACUGGAGGAGUCAGAAAGCCAAAGGAAGACUGAGGAAGAAGUCACAGAACCCACCCCCAUAGUUUUCGGUCAGCAGCUGAUGUUGACGGCAGGCUCGGCUCCAGUGGCACCCCAGCCUGGAUACCCAGGAGGCUACGGUUACGCUGCCCCAGGCUACUCCCCCCAGCCCCCCUACAACUACAACAUGUAGACCACCUCUACCCCACCCAGCCUCCCUACACCAUGUUGACCACCUCUACCCCACCCAGCCCCCUACAGCUACAACAUGUAGACUACCUCUACCCCACCCAGCCCCCUACAGCUACAACAUGUAGACUACCUCUACCCCACCCAGCCUCCCUACAACUACAACAUGUAGACCGCCUCUACCCCACCCAGCCUCCCUACAACAUGUAGACCGCCUCUACCCCACCCAGCCUCCCUACAACUACCACAUGUAGACCGCCUCUACCCCACCCAGCCUCCCUACAACUACCACAUGUAGACCGCCUCUACCCCACCCACCCAGCCUCCCAACAACUACAACAUGUAGACCGCCUCUACCCCACCCAGACCCCCUACAACUACAACAUGUAGACCGCCUCUACCCCACCCAGACCCCCUACACCUACAACAUGUAGACCGCCUCUACCCCACCCAGCCUCCCUACAACUACAACAUGUAGACCGCCUCUACCCCACCCAGCCCCCCUACAACUACAACAUGUAGACCGCCUCUACCCCACCCAGCCCCCCUACAACUACAACAUGUAGACCGCCUCUACCCCACCCAGCCCCCCUAGGGCUACACUAAGCCUGCGUCCCAAAUGUCAACCUAUUCCCAGUAUAGUGAACUACUUUUGACCAGGGUCCAUAUGACUCUGGUCUAAAGUAGUGCAGUAUAUACUGGCUAUAUGGUGUCGAUUGGGACACAGAUCAUGUAGACCUUAAGGUCCCAAUAAUUCUACCUGGAGCUUCUAACGCGCCCCCCUCGGCCAACCUCAGGCCCCGACCUGAACCACACUUACCCUGCACUGGGAUACAGAUACAGCUUGCUUAUGGAUUCUAUAUGUAUUCCCUGCCUUGACACCCCUGAUACUCCCAAUCUCACUACUCUGAGACACACCUAGCCCACCUAUGGACACUCCUAACCCCCACACCCAAAUCUCUCAACUGAAAAGAUCUCCACUUUGCCCCCACCUCCUCUCGCUCCUCACCUCUCACUCCCACUUCCUCUUUCUCACCCUCUCCAAUGGAAUACAGCAAGACUAAGUGACCCCUCUACUUAGGCUGAACUGACCAGCCCACCCGCCAUUCAACACGCACCGCAUGACAACAGCGCUUAGCUCCUAGAGAAAAUAACUAAUAAGAUGUCGCUAAUGUACAGUACACCUCUCUGUCCAGGUAUUCUAUUACUGUUCUAUAGACUGCAUCAACUGUGUCAACCAUAGAACAGCUUCUUUUUUUUAAAUCCUAAUGUUUUUCUAGAGAUUAUAAUACAGCACUGAUGGUACAGAGACUUUGUUACUGAGGAGCCAGAGAGGGGACGGGUGAAGGGGGAGCAGCACCAAGUUCCCCCACCCUCUCCUAAGCACUGCUAGGCCUUAUACAGGAGGAGGUUUCAAAUUUGAGUCUGUUUGUUUGUUUCAAGACUGUUUCUGUGCAAUAGAGAUCUUAACAGGUACCAUGUGUUGGAGAUACAGUACUAUAUGGACUAGGAAUACUAGUUACUUGGGUUAUGGUGUACUGUCUGUGUGUAGUUUAUCAAGCAUGUAGGGAUCUGUUGACAACUCCAAGACUGGGAAGGUUUGCGCUGUUCCUUCUCUUCACUAGAGUCGUAUUAUCUGAUAAUAACCAAGUCAAGAUGGACGUUGGGUCUCUCCACUACACUGUGAUGUACGGUACAGGAUCCCACAGCUCUGGUUGUUGAUGAUGUGAAACAUAACUGCGAUAUGCUGAUGUCUGUGCAUGUGCUGCCAAACAUAUAAUGCUGUAACAAUGCAACCAGGAGCACAAUUUCCAUGUUACACAUAUACCAAGUAUUACCUAUGUUGUGUUCAAAACUAAACAACUGUAUUUUGAGGCCUUUUACUGUCUCACCAUUGGCAACAACUAACAGAAUGGUCGAAGAAAGUCAAAUGUUACAGAGAAUAAAAACAUACUAGAGGAAUGGAGCUCGUAUGUAUCCACGUACCAGUGGUUCAGAGUUAACAAUUCAUGUACUGAAAAUAAACAGUGUAUAAUUUAAGAUAUGUUGCGAUACUUAAAUAAGCAAAUAAGUCCAUUAUGGAAUAAAAUAGUGUAUUGUCUAUAGUGCAUUGUUGUAGUCUUAAUCAUUAUUAUGAUACUUUUUUUUUUCAAGAAAAUGACAAAAUACAAAAAGAGCAGAAUACAAACAUAAACUAUUCAGCAUGAUUGCUUGCAGCAGCCAUCAUCCUGGGGUUCGUUUUCUUCCUGUUCAAGUAGAACCUGUCUGAUAAAUGUUCUGGAAAACUAUCGCUAGGGUUUAUGGGUAACUCUGGCCUCGUGCAUCCGGACAGACGGCCAUGUCCUGAGCUGUGCCGCGACAUUGUAAAAACGUUGAAUUGGGGUUUUGUAGGAAAACUAAAUCUAAACUGUGUACAAGCACUACCGUAUCUGCACAAGUCAUGGUCUCUGAAGGAUAAUAAAGUUUACACACACAUUA